GCCUAUUUAAGCUUGGGUGUGGCGUCCCUCCCAAUACAACCGGAUCGGAAUGCUGGGUGUGAUAAGCAGCGAUGGGUGUGCCAGACUCAGGAACAGCCAUACAGGGGACUGUUUAUACAACCACGACUUCAUUUCUGGCGCAAACGAGUUGUGUCAAGUCAACGUCAACGCAUUGUUACAGGAUCAUCCAUUCAAGCUUAUCAUGGACAAAGUCUUGGAUCGUGGAGGAUCAUCAUCUAGCUCAGCUUGGCACCUGAGCAUCAACACCCGUGUGACAUCUCCGUAUCCAAAUACGGAUUCACCAAAGUCCAAACCGAACAUGUGGUGGAGUAUCCUUCCUAUUGCUGCUUAAGCUACGGGCGUCUUAUCAAGUAUCCCCCACACUAUGUGCCAUACCCUCCCCCUGGUACCACGUUCGUUAUGUCCUGGCCGUCGUCGCAAGCUCAGUAAGUCAAAACAUAUUUAGCCCUGUGGCCCCGGGCUCUUCAUCCUUCAAUCACUCCAUUCUUCCCAGCUUAAGUUGAAGCUGAAAAGGUUCGACCGGCGCAAAGGUUUGGGUCCAAGAAUCCGCGUCUCAAGCGCAGUCUCGUCAAGAUGACAACUCCUUACAAUGGCACCACUGAUCAUGCCGACUAUGGCUACUCAACCCAUGUGCAUGAUCUUAACAUCUUCUACGACGUAGGUUUCUCGAAAUCCACCUCAUCGUGUUAUGUUGUCUAACAAUGUCUAGACGGGCAAUUUGACAUUCCUCGCUGUCAGCGCCGUGCUUGUCCUUCUCAUGAUUCCCGGCGUCGGCUUCUUCUACAGUGGUCUCGCCCGUCGCAAGUCUGCUUUGACGCUCAUUCUGUUGUCGAUGAUAUCAGUUGCGGUCAUCAGCUUUCAGUGGUUCUUCUGGGGAUACUCCUUGACCUUCUCACGAACUGGAAACUCCUUCCUCGGCGACUUGACCCAGUUUGGUCUUAUGGACACCCUCGCUCAACCCAAUGGCUCUUCCGCUCUCCCUGAUAUUCUCUUUUGUCUGUACCAGGGCAUGUUCGCUGCCAUUACUCCUGCUCUUGCAAUCGGUGCCGUUGCUGAUCGAGGUCGUAUCCUCCCUGCCAUCGUCUUCAUGUUCCUUUGGUCCACCAUCGUCUACGAUCCCAUCGCCUACUGGACCUGGAACGCCAAUGGCUGGCUCUUCAACCUUCCCAGCUACGACUUUGCUGGAGGCGGUCCCGUUCACGUUUCCUCGGGAACCUGCGCGCUAGCCUACUCCCUCAUGCUGGGUAAGCGUACUGGCUACUCCAACAACAACGGUCUUCCUUACCGCCCUCACAACGUCACCCACGUUGUUCUCGGUACGGUCUUCCUCUGGGUCGGCUGGUUCGGUUUCAACGGCGGUUCUGCUCUCGCCAUGAACAUCCGUGCCGUCAUGGCAUGCUACGUGACCAACCUGGCUGCAUCAUGCGGUGCCAUUGCCUGGAUCCUCCUCGAUUACCGUCUCGAGAAGAAGUGGAGCACUAUCGGUUUCUGCUCCGGUGCCAUUUCUGGUCUCGUUGCCAUCACUCCUGCUGCGGGUUUCGUGAAGCCCUGGGCAGCCGUCAUUAUCGGAAUCUGCGGUGGUGUCUUCUGCAACUUCGCCACCAAGGUCAAGUUCCUCAUCAACGUUGACGACAGUCUUGAUAUCUUUGCCAUCCACGGUAUCGGUGGUAUGGUCGGUAACAUCCUCACCGGUAUCUUUGGAACCAAAACAAUUGCCGCUCUCGACGGUGGAGAGUACGACCCCAUUGGUUGGGUUGACGGCCACUUUGUUCAGCUGGGUUACCAAAUCGCUGGUACUCUUGCCGUCUUUGCCUGGUCCUUUACUCUUACUUGCAUUCUCCUGUUCCUUCUCAACCUCAUCCCUGGCCUCUCCCUUCGUGUCUCCGCGGAGGAGGAGGAGCUCGGCACUGAUGAUGGCCAGCUGGGCGAGUUUGCCUAUGACUAUGUUGAGAUGACUCGACACAUGGCUGAUAGCACACAUCCUCAUUCUGAUGCUAGUGCCCGAACAAGUCAGGAGAAGGUCUAAAAGGUCGAGAUGAGUGAAAUAUGGGGCGAUUCAAAUUGUCAGAGUGGAAGAUGCUUGUUGUGUAUCUUAAGCGUCACUCGCUUCUAAGUUUAGAGUUAAAUAUACCCUUUUGUAAUGCC